AUGGAAAUGCUCGAUUCACUUGAUCUAUCUCACAACCAAAUAUCUGGCGAGAUACCUACAAGUUUGGCAGAAAUACACACUCUCGGUGUUCUUGAUUUGGCGAACAAUGGAGACGCAGAAGUAAGAUGCAUAGAAAGUGAGAGAGAUGCUCUUCUUAGCUUCAAGAAUGGCCUCAUCGAUGAGCGUGGUGUUCUCUCAUCGUGGCAAAGUGACGAAUGCUGUGAAUGGCGUGGUGUUAAGUGCAGCAACACCACUGGCCAUGUCAUCGCCCUCAAAUGUGAUCAUUUUGGAUUGCGAGGAAAUGCAAAAUUGAGAUGCAUGGAGAGGGAGAGAGAAGCUCUUUUAAGCUUCAAGAAUGGCCUCAUCGAUGAAGAUGGUAUUCUUUCAUCAUGGCAAAGUGACGAAUGCUGCGAAUGGCACGGUGUUGAGUGCAGCAACACCACUGGCCAUGUCAUCGCCCUCAAAUGUGAUCAUUGUGGAUUGCAAGGCGAGUUAGGUAAUCUUACCAAUCUACUCUCGCUUGACCUUCGUGAGAAUGAUUUUGGAGGGAACCUUACCAAUCUACGCUCACUUGAUCUCUCACAAAACACUUUGAGUUCCAUAGCUCCUUUUACACUUGGUUCUCUAUUUGAAUCACUAGAAUUACUGGACUUGUCUAAUAAUCAAGUCAGUGGAUUGGUGCCACGUGUGAGAGGAUUUCCUUCAUUGACAUAUCUGAAUCUUGGGGGAAAUAACUUUACAGGUUCUAUUCCUCUGAAUAUUGGCCAACUAUCCAUGCUUCAAUAUCUAGAUCUUUCUAAUAAUGAUUUGGAUGGUUUAGUUCCUCUAAGCAUUGGCCAACUAUCCAACCUUCAACGUCUCUAUCUUUCUCAUAAUUCUUUGGAAGGUAUAGUGUCUAAAUUCCACUUUUCCAAGCUUCACAAGUUAGAGGUACUAGAUAUAUCCUUCAAUUCAUUGAUCUUGGAUAUUGCCCCUAAUUGGAGACCUCCUUUCCAGUUGAGUUAUAUAUCUUUAGGCAGGUGCAAUGUGGGCUCAUAUAUCCCAAAAUGGCUCCGAACUCAGGGGAACUUGACAUACCUUAAUCUCAAUGAUGCCAAUAUAUCAUAUGAAGCCCCAAGGUGGUUGUGGAGUACAUUUCCUCUGUUAGAAGGCUUAUUUCUAUCCCGCAAUCAUUUAAGUGGUACAAUUCCGAAUCUUUCAAACACUUCCAUUUGGUAUAUGGAUCUUAGUUACAAUCAAUUCUCAGGUCCUUUACCAUUAUUUCCCUAUGAUCUCUUUGCAAUAAACUUGAGUGGAAAUAAGUUAUCUGCUUCAAUUUCAUCUCUCUGCAACACUCCCCAUUUUGAUCUUGAAUUCUUUGACCUCUCAAAUAAUCAGUUGGCUGGAGAGGUUCCCAAUUGCUGGGAGAAAAUGCCUACCAUGAUGUACCUCAAUCUAGCAAACAACAGUUUUUCGGGCGAAAUUCCCGACUCAUUUGGCUCUUUACCUAACCUCCGUGAACUACAAAUGCAUGGUAAUAAUUUAUCUGGUGAAUUGCCUGAUAGUUUGAGACUUUUCCAAGAAAUGAGUUUACUUGAUUUUGGAGGGAAAAAGUUAACAGGAGAGAUCCCCACUUGGAUUGGUCUGAUGAAUAAGAUGACUAAAUUCGUUGAAUCUAUCAAGAAAUAG